UGAGUUUUUCAGCGUUUAAUCUACUACAGAGAAAUAAUCAGCGAGAAAGACGGACAACGUGCAUCAUAAACAAGAUGUUUGGAGAUUACUGACUGUAUAAUAGCUUAUUGUGUUGCUCCUAUGACAGAGCUACGUUUGAAAUGGAUGAGGCCACAACCCCUGGAAGAAAAAGCAACUUGACUGGAAGUGCCAGAAAACUGAAGGAUAACGCAGCAGACUGGCAUAAUUUAAUCCUGAAAUGGGAUCGUCUGAGUGAUGAAGGAUCCACUGUCGCAACCAAAAUAGUCAACUUCAGACUGAGCAAAGAGUCUUUGAAGGACCCAGAGGUCAUGAUGGAGGGCGAAAGUUUGUCUGCAGCUCCUGCAGAAAGAAGUGCAUAUCAAAGCAACCCAGAGCUAGAGGAGGAAUGCAUCAAACUACAGAAUGUUGUAGACAAAAUGGCAAACAUUCUGUCUAAAAUGGAGAAAAUGGUGUCUGCUGAGAAGGGGAUAUGUGAACUGGAGACAUUUCAGUAUGGAGAGAAAGGAAGACCAACGCCACUUUUUCAGACUUGGUCCACACGGCAGUUUGCUGAAGUAUCUUCUGGUCUUUAUGAGGCUUACAAGCAGGAGCUGGCCCUUAAGAGAACUAUAUUACGAGAAGUGGCCCACACAACUAACCCAGAUCUCUGCAUGGUGUAUCUGACCUGCUGGCUCUAUCAACCCUACAUCCAGGAUAACACCAAACUUCUCCUAGAGAGCUUACUGAUGGAGACAGGCUUCAGAGCUGUCUAAUUUAUUUAUUUAUUAGAAGUUUUUUUCAAAUUUAAUGGAACAUGAGGAAGUGUAUGCUAUAGAAUAAGCUUCAAAUUUGGUAACAGUACAGUGGUUUAUGAUGCAAUAAUAAAAUGAUAUCCACAAUUUA